GUCAAGACGUUGUUUUCAAGUGCCUUGGAGAAAAUAUUCUUCAGAAUGCCUUCGAAGGCUACAAUGCGUGCAUCUUUGCCUAUGGGCAGACUGGCUCUGGAAAAUCAUACACGAUGAUGGGUACCGCUGACCAGCCUGGAUUAAUCCCUAGGCUUUGCAGUGGACUCUUUGAAAGAGCGCAGAAAGAGGAAAAUGAAGAGCAGAGUUUCAAAGUGGAAGUAUCCUACAUGGAGAUAUACAACGAGAAAGUCAGAGAUCUUCUUGACCCAAAAGGAAGCCGUCAGUCAUUAAAGGUUAGAGAACACAGUGUUUAUGGUCCUUACGUAGAUGGGCUAUCCAAACUAGCUGUUGCUAGCUACAAGGACAUCGAGUCCUUGAUGUCGGAGGGCAACAAAUCUCGAACGGUGGCUGCAACCAACAUGAACGAAGAGAGCAGUCGGUCCCAUGCAGUCUUCAAGAUCAUCCUCACCCACACACUCUAUGAUGUGCAAUCAGGGACAUCGGGCGAGAAGGUGGGCAAGCUGAGCCUGGUGGACUUGGCCGGUAGCGAAAGGGCAACCAAGACUGGUGCUGCGGGAGACAGGCUGAAGGAAGGCAGCAACAUUAACAAAUCCCUCACAACUCUGGGGCUGGUUAUUUCUGCUCUGGCAGAUCAGGCCGCUGGCAGGAACAAGAACAAAUUUGUUCCUUAUCGUGACUCUGUGCUCACUUGGUUACUUAAAGUAAGUACUCUGACCUUGGCUUUUUAAAGAGAAAUCAAAGGGAGGAAAAAAGGGAGAAGAGUCCCAUCCA